AUGCCCCAGGGGACAGAUGUCUCGGGGUCUUUAACAUUUGGGAUGCUGCAAACGCCGAAGUUAAAUGAAAUACCUCCGGGGCGGGGAGGCCGGGGGGAGGCUCGGGGAGAGGGAGGAUGGCCCGGGCCAGCCGGUCCUGAAGCUGCGGGGCAGGAAGCGGGGGCGCGGGGGCAGGCGGGCGGCGCCAGAGCUCCGUGGGACAGCUGGGGAAACUCCAGACUACCUACAUACCCUGGCCUAGGCUGGGCACGGUGUCCCCCCGCCCUGCUCUGUGCCCCCUCCUUCCAGAAAUCUACCAUGGAGAGUAAGGAUGAAGUCAGCGACACCGACAGCGGCAUCAUCCUGCAGUCUAGCCCCGACAGCCCCGUCUCCCCCAUGAAGGAGCUGACCCACGCCGUGCGCAAGCAGCAGAGGGCUCUGGAGGCGCGCCUGGAGGCCUGCUUGGAAGAGCUGAGAAGACUCUGCCUGAGGGAGGCGGAGCUGACGGGCACCUUGCCAGAAGAGUAUCCCCUCAAACCUGGGGAAAAGGCCCCCAAGGUCCGCCGCAGGAUUGGAGCAGCUUACAAACUGGAUGAGUGGGCCUUGCACAGAGAGGACCCGCUGAGCAGCCUGGAGCGCCAACUGGCCCUGCAGCUGCAGAUCACAGAGGCAGCCCGGCGGCUGUGCCUGGAGGAGAACCUGAGCCGGCAGGCCCGGCGGCAGCGCAAGCACGCCAUGCUGCAGGAGGAGAAGAAGCUGCGGGAGCUCCAGCACUGCCUGGGCGAGCGGCGGCGUAACAGCGAGCUGCCUCCGGCCACCGUGCUCCCCCUGGGCCGAGAGCUCAGUGCCUCCGAUGACAGCUCCCUGUCAGAUGGGCUACUCCUGGAGGAAGAGGAAUCCCAAGUGCCAAAACCUCCCCCAGGGUCCCCAGCCUUACCUUCCCGGCCACUCCCACCCCAAAGCCUUGAGGGGCUGCAGCCAGCAGGACCUGAGUCGGAAGGCCUGGAGCGGGCCCCAAUCCAGAACAGCCCUUGGAAGGAGACCAGCCUGGACCACCCAUACGAGAAGCCCAGGAAGGCUUCUGAGCCCUGUAGCGAGUCCAGCAGCCCGGCCACCACACCACAGGACGGGCCCAGCGCCUCCAGCUUGUGGCUGCUGGAGCCUGUCUCCUACCACGUGGUUCCCAUCCGUAGUGUUCCUGGCCAGUGGCAAGGCCGAACCAGUGCCCCGGCCACCCCCGAGAUGCAGGGGAGGAGGGGUCAGUCAAAGUCUCUGAGGGUGGAUUCCUUCCGGGCCGGUCCAGAGGGCCGAGGUCGCAGCGCCUUUCCCCGCCGCCGUCCUACUCACUACACGGUGACAGUGCCAGACUCCUGCUUCCCCCCGACCAAGCCACCGCUGCCUCACGCCGCCUGCCACUCCUGUUCAGAAGACAGCGGCUCUGAUGUGUCCAGCAUCUCCCACCCCACCUCGCCAGGCAGCAGCAGCCCCGAGAUCUCCUUCCUGCGGCCCCUCUCCCCACCGGAGCUCCCUCGCCACCGUGGGGUCUGGGGCCCAGCUGGCAGCAGAGAGCUGGUCCCCCACUACCCCAAGCUGCUGCUGCCCCCCGGCUGUUUCCCAGCAGGGCGGUAUGUGAUGGUGGCUGAGAGCCACCUGCCGCCUGGCGAGUGGGAGUUGUGUCGAGCAGCUCUGGGCCCUGCCUAUGAGGAGGAGGGCACGCCCCUGCGCUACCAGCGGCUGGUGCCCUCCCACAGCCGCAUCGUGCGGACGCCCUCCCUGAAAGACAGCCCCGCAGGCCGAGGGCUCAGCAAGGCGGCCGUCUCUGAGGAGCUCAAAUGGUGGCACGAGCGGGCACGCCUGCGCAGCUCCCGCCCCCACUCGCUGGACCGCCAAGGGGCCUUCCGGGUCAGGAGCCUGCCCCCCGGGAGAGAGGGCUUUGGGCGAGCCCCAGGACCCCGGACACAGGUGCCUACAGUGUGUGUGCUCCGGAGAUCGCCCGAGGGGGCCCCUGUGCAAGUCUUUGUACCUGAGAAUGGAGAGAUCAUCAGCCAGGUGUAACCCAGACAGGUGCAACUCUGGGUCCCUCACUGGAAAAGACUGUUUCAUCGUGGGGCUGGGCUGAGACUCCCACCCCAAGUGCCUCCUUCAGCUCCCUCACCCCCAUCGCAGGUCGAUGACCUGGAGCUGAGACCUUUUCUGUUUUUUAUACACAUUUUUUCAGAAACCCUGACCUGAGGAUUUAUAUCUGUGAUUUGUCCUCGAGAUCCCUGGGAUAUGAUUAUACAUUAUCCCCUAGAGUCUGGCCUACUGGACUUAAGGCUUUGCCUGUCUGAGUGACAGCAUUUUGACUCCUUGUGUAAGACAAGUAGCAGAGAAUGUGUGAAGCAGAUAGGGCCCCCUUG